AUGGCGCCCCCUCGCAAAGCUCUCAUUGCUAUCACUUCCGCUCAUGCUCCUCUGUAUCCCGAUAGCAAGGAGACUGGUUUGUUUAUCACUGAAGCUUUGCAUCCUUUCCUUGUAUUCAAGAAUGCAGGCUUCGGUGUUGAUCUGGUGUCGGAGACCGGGUCUUACCAGCCUGACUGGCUCUCACAGCAAAGGAGUUGGCUUAAAGGUGAAGAUAAAGCUAUUUGGGAGGAUAAAUCUAGCGAAUUUCGUUCGAAACUCGACAAUCUCUUGAAGCCAAGUGAGAUUGACCCUAAUAACUAUGGUAUUUUCUUCGCUUCAGCUGGUCAUGCUUCUUUGAUCGACUACCCCGAUGCCAAGGGUCUACAGAGCAUUGCAUCCAAAAUGAACAAUGAUGGCGGUGUCAUCUCUGCUGUCUGUCAUGGUGGUGCCAUCUUCCCAGGGAUCAUUGAUCCUAGUACAGGAAAUUCGAUCAUAUUUAAUCGAAGAGUGACUGGCUUCACUACUCAAGGUGAGGAAGAAGAAGGUGUUUUGGACACCAUCAAAAGCUGGGAUCGCCCUACUAUUGAGGCCUCCGCUGCAAGCUCGGGAGCCACAUAUGUUUCUCCUCCUGGUCCUUGGGAUGCUUUCACUAUCACUGAUGGGCGCAUCGUGACCGGUGCUAAUCCUGCGAGCGCCCAUGUGACAGCUGAAGCCGCGGUUAAGGCAUUCAACGCUCUGUAG